AUGGGGACAUUUCUUCCUAAUAUAGAAGAGAGAGAUUUGGAGGGGAUCCUACUCUUUUGGGAGGAAACCCCACCAAGAUACAUGCUUGUGAUGAAGACGAAGAAGACGGCGCUUAGCAUGAAGAGCACGAGAAGGACGGUAAAGAAAAGGGUGGUGGCAAGGAAGGUGAAAGCUAAGGAAAACGCCCUGUGGAUAUCGGUUGAGAAUAUGCCUCAAAUAUAUGAGGAUCGUGACCCUUCCAAUGUGACGCAAAUCUCCUUUGAAGGGAAGGUUGCUGUGGGUUUCACGCACCACACAGCACUCAUAUUGUGGGAAUUGGACCGACAAUUGACAGGAUUGCCUCCCCUCAGUCCGAAUAAAUAUGAGUUGUUGAAAGAAGCCGAUGUCAGAAUCACCAUUGAUUUCAACCUCGACUACCGCCGUCGUUUCCUGUCCUGUCGUUUCCUAGCGGCAAUGAACGGAGAAAUGGGUCGAAUUGAGUUUUUGGGCAAGUUCUUCAACUGUUACAGCAGGAUCUUCUUCAAGUGUGGCUAUCUGCAGGUUAUCAUCGAACUCAACAGGUCGGCCAAGUCGACCACCCCAAGUCUCGGUUAUUCCUAUGACAUCGAAACCGUUGUCCAGUGCCCGCCCCCUGAGCUCGUCUAUUUUAUUACGUAA